CCAGCUACCACUUCCUCUGUGGUCUUCCGGACCCCGGCUUUAAGUCCGCACUGCGCAUGCGUACCUCCCUCUUUUACGGUGGCGACAAUGGCGGGUGAAGAAGGGAAGAAGGUACCAUCGGUCCCUGAAAGCCUCCUGAAAAGGCGAAAGGCUUUCGCUGCUAUGAAGGCUCACCGCCUGAAGAAGCUGCAGGCUGAGAAGACCCUUCGGCGGCAGUCCCGCAGGCUCAUCUACAGCAGGGCUGAGUUCUACCACAGGGAGUACAGGAAGAUGUACAGGAAUGAGAUUCGAAUGGCUAGGAUGGCCCGCAAGGUUGGAAACUUCUACGUCCCUGCUGAGCCCAAACUAGCCUUCGUCAUCAGGAUCAGAGGCAUCAACGGCGUCAGCCCCAAGGUGCGAAAGGUGCUUCAGCUUCUCCGACUUCGUCAGAUUUUCAACGGCGUGUUUGUGAAGCUGAACAAGGCCUCCAUCAACAUGCUGAGGAUUGCAGAGCCCUACAUCGCAUGGGGGUAUCCCAAUCUGAAGUCUGUGACUGAGCUGGUCUACAAGCGUGGCUAUGGGAAGAUCAGGAAGCAGCGCAUCGCCCUUACUGACAACGCCCUUAUUGAGAAGAGCCUGGGCCAGUAUGGUAUCAUCUGUGUUGAAGACCUAAUCCACGAGAUCUACACGGUUGGGAAGAACUUCAAGGCUGCAAACAACUUCCUGUGGCCCUUCAAGCUGUCUUCUCCCCGCGGGGGAAUGAACAAGAAGACCACGCACUUCGUGGAGGGCGGCGAUGCUGGCAACCGAGAGGACCAGAUCAACAGGCUCAUUCGCAGGAUGAACUGAACAUGCACGGUGUUCCACAGAUUGUUCUCUACCCAAACCAUCAUUCUGUAUAAUAAAAUUUAAAAAAAUCGUAA